AUGUCGACUUCCAUGUCCCCCUCGGCAUCUUCGUCGCCGCCGCAGCCGGCACCCUGCACGUCGAGUCCGUCUGCUCUCUCUACUCCAUCUCUUGCCACCGACGCUGAGGCGCUGCAUCCUCAUCAGCCUCCGCUGCGUGCACGCCUGCAUGCUCUGCUCCACCACUCGGACUCCCACUCCAACUCCAGUCCUGCUCUGUCUCCUAGUUCCGACGCUCCAAGUCAUCACCAUACAGACCUCGACCCAUUGUCCAGCUCAACGUCAAUACAAAGCGCUGCCCAUGCCUCGUCCUCCUCUCUCAAGCUCGACAGCUCGCCGCGACAGCGCAAGCGUCCCCGAGGCGCCGUCCAUGUCUUGUCCAGGGCCAGCGUGCCUUCCUCAUCUACUGCCAACGCAGCUGCUUUGGCAUCUUCGCCUCCGCCAAAGCUCGCAGCUUUGCCUCGCUCCGUCACUGCAUCCAACUUGGAGCGCAUCGCAGGUGCGGCCGCUCAACGCUCCGACUCGCAGUCCUCUGGCCCUUCAAGAGCGUCCAGCCUCGACCCCUCUCAUCUUUCCACAGAUCCGAGUCUCUCUUCGGCAGUUCCAGGCCCGUCACAGCCACAACCUGCGCAGACGCAGCCUCAACCACGCCAGCGUCCUUCCAUCAAGGUGCGCAUCAUCACUUGGAACAUGCACGACAGCGUCCCCAAGGGUGACCUCCAAGUCUUGCUCGGUAAAGCGGGUCAAUACGUCGCACCUGAUCCUGAUUGGGAUAUUAGCUACGAUAGUGCCAGUGAAGACGAGGACGAGAAACAGCAGCAAUCGGAUCCAGACCGCGCUCCGCAAAGAGGUGCACAUGUUGUAGGCCAGGAGCAUGUGCCUAGAGCGGAUCGCAUUCCUCCACUUCCACACAACGACUCGCAUCCUUACCACCUGUUGGUCAUCGCAGGACAAGAGUGUCCGUGGGGCGACGGCAAGCGUUUGGCGACCAGUGUAGGCAUGGCGGGCGAGCUCGGCGAUUUCGGCAAGCAAAAGACUCGUGCCGCCAAAGAAAAGGACAAACCCAAGCACACCAAGACCAAGGACAAGCAACGCUCAGGCGACAGCGAUAGCCUCUCCAAUCCUUCCGCUGAGCCUUCCAAAUCAGCGCACUCGAUCACCGACGAAACACCCUCCUCGAACAAGGACGGCCUUCAAGGUCCGACCGAAGAUCAUGGCUUCCCAUUUCUUUCUGGCCCGCUCUCCUCAGCGCUUCCCGGUCAACCGCUCGCCUCGCCCAUGAUCGGCGGCAGCUCCAUGCCUGGCUUCGGCACCUCGUCUGAAGCUAAUAACGACGACAAGCUCGUCGCCUGGCCCAACCUUGGCGGCAAAGGCUGGAGUGAUCUCUGCGAAGACUGGCUCUGUCGCAACCAGCUUUCGAAAAAGGAAAAGGAAAAGGAGCACAAGGAGAAAUCCUUCAUCAGCGGCGCACGCCUUGCUCGGGCUCUCUCGCACUCGGCAUCUCGCAAAGAUUUCGCUCAGUCUCGCGAGUCGUUGACGGAUCCUCAGCAAGCUGUGCCCUUCCACUCAGUUUCAGCCGCUGUGACGCCCGAUCUCUCGCGCGCAGCCAGCCCGGUCGCUAUCCCCACCAGCGUCAGUCUUCCGGGCACGCCGAACCAGAGCACAUUUGACGGGUUUGCGCUCUCGUCGGAUGCGUCGCCUGCUGAAGCGCUUGCCGGCGCCGCCAGCAGCGCCGAUAAGAGAAGACGAUUGAUGCCAAAGCUCAAUGUCGGUCGCGCCGAGCUUGCGAAGAAGAUAGCGACGGCUUCAGGCCGCUCAAGUCCUGCCGUCUUCACGGAUACCGAAUGCGUUGCGUCUCCGGUGCUGCUCUCGCCUACGGCCGUGUUGCCCAGGAGCGGGUCGCAGCCGUUUCAGGCGCCUUCACAGCAAGCUGCUGCUGAGCAAGCGAUACAAGCCGGCGACCCAGCGAAAGAGGCAUCCUCCACAAACUCAGGUGGGUGGUUGGCUGUCCCUGGUACACCUGCUAUGAGCCGUAUGAGCUCGUCGCAUAGUUUAUCGAAGCUGGCAGCAGCUGGGGGGGAGGCUGCUGCCUCGCGCUCGGUCUCGCCUGCGGGUACCGAGGUGCACGUGGAGCCGCCGACACCGUCUCGCUCUCCAUCGCCGUAUCCGCAAGCACCUUCUACAGCGGCAGCAGCAGCAAGCGCCAGCGGCCAGAUGCCACGCGAGACUGCGUCUCCUGCCCCCGAAGGCUCCAGCAGCAUCCCAAAGGGUCCCGAGCGGGCGUUUGCCGACUCGAUCCCGAAAGCGUUAGGUCCGUACGAGCUGGUGAUCAAGGAGCGCAUGAUGGGCUGCUACAUGGCAGUCUACGUCUGGCGCGGGUGCAAGGAUCGCGUACGUGGCGCAUCUCGCUCGCACGUCAAGUCCGGCCUCCUCGCUGGCCGCGUCGGCAACAAAGGCGGCGUCGGCAUCUCGCUCAAGCUUGGCACCACUCGGCUUUUGUUCGUCAAUGCACACCUCGCAGCGCACGAAGACAAGGUCGCGCUCCGCCUCGCCAACGUCGCCAAGAUCAAAGCCGCGCUCAAAGUGGAUUCGUUCCUCCCGCCCGACGACCCGCGAUCACGUGCGGAGGACAUCACGGAGCAGUUUGACCAUACGUUCUGGUUUGGCGACUUGAACUUUAGGAUUGACAUUUCGCGCCAGCAUGCGGACUGGCUGAUGAUGAACAAGAAGUACGACCAGGCAUUGGCAUUUGAUCAGUUGGGCAAGGUGUUGAAGGAGGGCGACGCGUUUAAGGGGUUCAAGGAGGCACCAAUCCAUUUCCCACCGACGUACAAGUAUGAUGUGUUAAAGACACUCAAGAUUAAGCGGAGUCGGACGCAGACGUCGGUAAGGAGCGCAAUGGAUGUCUCUGGUACUGCGAAUGUGGCGCCACUCUCGGACGUGGUUGGGACACCGCUGGGGGAGAGUGUAAUCCCGGAGGAAAGCCCGGCUUGCUUUGACCCUCCCGAGGGGCAAGUGGAGCCGCACACAGAUGUGAGUGCAUCAUUCGUGGCGCCGAGCGAGAUCGACACAGAUGCGUUCUCCACCCGCGACACGCCGAGAUACGGCGGCUCAUUCAACGCCGGCGAUGACAGCUUGGCGACAGCGACAGAGGCGCAGGAUCCAGACCGCUCCGACGAGGACCGAUACUCGAUCGCCUCGUCUUCCGCUUUUGGCUCGGUCGCCUCUUCCUCGGGCUUUGCGCGCUCCUACCAGCUGCAAGAAGCUAAAAUAGCCGAGCCUCCUAUCGAUCCGGCUCUGGUGCGGGAGCGCGAACUCGAGCUGCAGAGGCAGCGCCAACUCGCCGAAAACACGAGCGCCGCUCAGGGUCCACGCUUUUUCUCCCAAGGCGCAGCGAUCAAGGCCAAGUUCAAGAUCAUGGACAUGAUGCGCAGCGCUACGCAGUCGAAUCUCAAAGAGAAGAUUACCAGCGCCGUGUCUGCAGAUGGGCAGCAGGGCGGGCGGAAGAAGUGGCUCAACGUUCUAACCGAGUCGCCGAAGAAGUCGGUGGCGCCCGCUUCGGCAUCGAGCGACAACUACUCUCUGGUCGACUCGGUCGGGUCGCUGCCGUCGCCGCGUACCGAGCUAUCCACGUCUGUGCCCGACGCCGACGAGUCGUGCUCCAUGGGUGGCCGACGCGGCAGCAUGUUAUCGUCCGAGGGCCAUCUCUCAGGCAGCAGUGUUGGUCAUGGCGACAUGCCUACCUUCCGCAACGUGCUCAGCGGAGAUGGACAGGUCGUCUCCACCGACACGGAGGCCGAGACUGCAGCCGUGGCGCCCAUUCGAGCAGGACCGCGCCGUUCGUCGCUGCAGAUGGUCAAGGCCACCGCGCUCGCAGCGGCCAAAGCGCAGCGGGAGGCGAAAUACCCGCAUCUCACGGGGGCUACCGCGGAGCAGAUCGACUUUCUGGAAGCACAGCCGUACGAUACGAGCGCCAAGCAGAGGGUGCCUUCAUGGUGCGAUCGCGUGCUGUUCCGGUCCACGGUUCCGCUGGAUGACGAGGACGAGGAGGAUAAGGGCGGAGCGGCGCAGGAGGUGAGGUUGGGCUCGAGGGUGGGGCAUGCGCUGUCAAAUGCGUUGAAGGGGCCGUUGAGGCAGGCGGCAGAGCGGAGGCAGAGGAGCGCGUCGACGGGUCUCAUGGCGGCCGUGGCGGCGAGCACGAGCAUUCCUUUUGUCCACCACGAGCAAGUCGAGCUGGGUGAAGACCCGUCCCCGGCGCACUUGGACGAAAAGCAACCCCACACUGCUGCUCCGCUCACAACAGAGCCGGCCAAAGCAGAAGCCCCGCGCUCGCCAACGACCGCCGCACAGCACACACGCCCUCCGCACCUCUUGCAGCGCUUCCUGCACCCGAGUCGGCGACGCCAUCAGAUGAAGGCGCUCACGCCCAGCCUGACGUUUUCCGACCUGACGCACGAACCUUGGGGUCGCCGCGCGCUCAGGAGCAGCAGUAACAGUAUCGAUCUGCCCGCCAGCUCGACGACGCCCGAAGCAGGCGCCGGGCUGGGUUUGUCCGGGUUGCCAGCGGGGUUGGAGGCCAGGGCGAUCAGCAGUGUGGAUUUGCCGAGCCAGGUCGAAGAGCGCGAGGGGCGGUUCGGUGGCGUGGCGAGGGCGCGCGUCGUGAUUCCGCCGAGGCAGUCAAGUUCGGGGGCCGGGGGCCCUGGGAAGCGCGCGCCGGUGCGGGUGAACAGUGCGGAGGCGGCGGUGGUGCGGCCGGCGGUGAGGUCGAUUUCGAUGGCGGCGCCGGUGGUGGAGCAGGUAUCGUCGCCGCCGCUGUUGUUGCCGCGUCGCAGGGUGUCGGCGAAUCUGUCGCCCGAUCGAGGUGGGUGGAUGGACAGUCUCUCGGCGCACCUGCCUGCGUUUUUCGCCCCGGCCAUCUCGGCGCUCCGCUCGCACCGCCAUCCGGCCGACGCGCUCGCACAGGACAAGGCUGCAGCCCCACAAGAGGCGGGCAAGCCGGCGGGCGAGGUGGAGCUGCUCGGUCCCAAGAGGGGCCAGAUCGAGUGCUUGCUGUACAAGUCGCUCGACGAUCGCGAAAUGCGCCUGUUAGAGGGGCGUUCCGACCACCGUCCUGUCAUCUUUGUCGGUGCUAUCGGCAUCUAG